UAAUAAUAAACCACCACCAACAACACCAAAAACCAACCAAGAUUGCUUUAAUUGCUUUUAGAUAAAGCAAUAAAAAAAUGCAUCUAUGCUAAACCACACGACGAGCUUCGAGCUAUAGAACAGGGAACAAGUGUAGAAGAAUCAACUAAUGCCCUGAUGGCCAGUACUAAACAUUAAUUAUUAUUAAGUUCGAUUCUGAUUUUAGUGUUAUGAUGGAGGACAGUAUCGAAAUUGAAAUAUUUAAGGGAAGUUUUAUAAAUGAAGCAGACAAAACCAUGAAGCUAAUAGAAUCGUUAAAGAUUAAGGUACAUGACCUUCUUAAGAAAGGAGACCAAAUUGCAGAGCCAGAACUAAAACAAACCGUGAUUAAGCAAAACAUAGCUGAAUUAGUAAGACUAACUAAAGAAUUGGAUUCAAUUAAUGCAGUUUUAAAGACUGUUACUGUUGAUUGCCCCAGCUUUGCAAUACCGUAUUUUGUUCCUGAUGACAACAAAGUACAUAGGUUAAUGUUCCUCAGUGGUGACAACCCGUGGAAUUUUUGGCUGAUUGACAAAAGUAUUGACGUCAAACAUAUCCUCAAGGGCUUGAUGAAAAAGUUCCAGAGUGGCUUGUUGGACCCAGUUGAUAAUCCACAAACAGAACAAUCUGUGUGUUUCAUUGAUAGAAACAAAGCAAUUCGUGGGAUAAUAUUACAGGUUAAAAAUGAAAACAGAAUAAAACUGCUUGACUGUGACAGCAAUGUUACCAAAGUAGUAACAAGCGACAAGUUAUACAAGCUAGAUGAAGACGCCUGCUCUGUCCAUGCAACUGCACUAAGAUGCACAAUAACUGAGGACACUGAUGCGAUUGAGCUAUGGAAGAACUCAGAUCUACGAGAUAUAUUUUGCAACACACUGAGAGAGGCAACUCUAGAAGUAAAGAUAUUAAAACGGGUUUCUGGCAGUUUCCCUACCUUUGUCGUGGAUACUGAACUUAAAAACGAGGAAGAAGACACAGCUAAUUUAACAGAAUGGAUAUCAGACAGAUUAAUGCCAGAGUUGAAAAAAUUGGACUAUGACAAGGAAGCUUAUGAUAACGAAGCCCUCUGUGAUUUUUUGAGUGAUGAAUCUCUUUCCCCUUACACCAAAAGGAUAGAUAAUAAGGAAACAAAUCAAGAACUACCACUACCUCUGCCAGUCAGUGCCAAAGACAAUCAGAUCCCACUUCAACUGGAAAUAGAAAAUAAGGAAAUAAACAACUUAAAUUUUCCAAAUACCAAGUUUUCAGAUAAAAUGGUAACAAAUCUGGAUAACGUUAAAAAAGAAAAUGAAGAGCCUAAACAUUCACAAAUUACAAAUGAUUCCCAAAUUAAAGAUUCUGUAAAUGUCGUUAAGUCAACCCCCUCAAGUAUUUCAAGCGAAGAAUCAAAUUCAAAUAAUAGUUUUAACAGAACAGAAUCAGUUUCUGAUGCUAGAUUGAAUUGCAGUUCUGAAGUUUUUUGCCCUAAAUCAAAAACACCGGACAUACCUAGGUUCAGAAAAAAAUAUCAAAACACAGACAAUGUUUCACAGCACAAUCAUACAAUAGCAACGUUUGUCCCUCCUCUACUGCCUUGGUCGUCCCCUACAGUGAAUCCACCCAGCUGGCCUGUGACAGAAGUGAACAUCAUGGCUCCAGUGUUUGUGCCAAGGAACAGCUCUUUCCAGCCCAACAACCAAAAUUCUGUCCAAUUACCUACAGAAUAUGUGACGCUUCGGAAGCAAGCCACCCUUCUUAACGAAAAUGAAAUAUUCAAGGUUCUUAUUUCUCACAUCGAAAAUCCGUCAGAGUUUUAUGUUCACUUCGUCAAUAAAAACAAUAAGCACCUGGACAAACUAUUAGAAGAUAUGUGUAAAUAUUAUUCCACCCAAGAAAAGCUAGAAUUUUCUUCUUGGCAAGAAGCAAGAUCUAAAUUGGGGCAGUUUUGUGUGUGUCAGUGGCCGGACGAUAACAAAUGGUAUAGAGUGGAGGUAUUAGAAUGGUGUACAGAGAGUAACUUGGUGAAAGUGUGGUUUGUGGACUAUGGCAACACUGAUAGUGUACUUUUUACCUGUCUUCAGCCACUGCUCAAAAUAUUUGGAAAAUUAUCCAUUUGUAGCCAAGAAUGUCAUCUUGCCAAGGUUCACCCGCUAAUCAAGGGGCAACCAUGGUCAAAAGAUGCAAUUGACUAUUUCAAAUCAAUUGUCCAAGUCACUACAAAUGCUCACUUGUAUUCCAUCAAAGUGGUUGAAUCCCACGAUAAUAAUAGGAAAAAUAAGUCAUCCCUAUCAGUGGUUUUAUUCGAUGACGGUCCUGUGACAAUCAAUGAUGCAUUGGUUGCUCGUGGCUAUGCGUGGACGAAAAAGAAAUCAGCUGAUUCUGUGUCAUCAAACAGCAGUGACCUCUUUCAAUCCACUGAAGAUGUCAGCACUAUCACUCCUAGUGAGCCUAAUCCGUUACUUGAAAAUUUCAAUGAAUGGGAUCCUAUGAAGGAGGACUUUGAAAGCGUGCGUAACAAUCCAGCAAUCAACAUGGAGGAUGCUUGUGUAGCCGUUAGUGGCUACAGCGCAAAAGAUGAACAGCGUAUAUGCAAGUUCUAUGCUAGAAGAGGGUUUUGCCACAAGAAAUUCUGUACAAGAGAACACACAAAGCCCAAUCCAGAUGGUGUAACUACUGACAAAAUAGAAAUGUAUAAUGCCGAGAGUUUUCCCCAGAUAAAUCUGCCAAAAGCUGGGGAAAUUGUGAAGUUAAAAAUCACCCAGAUAGAAACUAUCACUACCUUCUAUGCCCAGCUGGAAGAGUCAAAAGGUAUUUCCCUUGAAGAUGAAUUUGAGGAAGACCCAGAGACUCUGACUAGUCUUGUGAAUACGAUAAAUAAUCCACAGAAUGUAAUGUUCUAUAAAAAACUGGCCCUCCUUCCCCCACCGAUUGGUGAGAUGGUACUGGCCAAAGAACCUUCCACAAGGCUGUGGCACCGUGCUCGUGUCACAAGCGAAGAGGAAGGCAUCCCUGAGUGUGAGGUAAUGUUUGUUGAUUAUGGCACCACAGCCAUUGUACAACAUCAACACUUGAGAUCAAUGGAAAACAGGUUCAUACAUCUUCCUUUCCAGGCUGUUGAAUGCUGCUUAGCCAACGUGAACCCUUUGAAUAAUCAUUCCACAGAAGAGGGUGUAGCAAUGUUAAGAGAAAUAUUGAUAAAUCAAGUAGUCACUGCAAGGAUUUAUCAAAGUCAAGAAGAAAACAAUCAACUUCAAGUUUUGGUGCUGUUAAAUAAUGGGAAGGAUCUCGGGAAUUACCUUGUUGAAAAAAACUAUUGCCUGCCUGUGUGGUAAUCGAUCUACAGCACUCAAAAACCAUGUUUACGUUAUCAAGCAAGAAUGUGAUUUUACUCCUAAGCCAAUUCUGUGAUGCAGGAGAACCUUCCUAUACUCGGGUUUGAUAAUCUUUUGAUGAUAAAAUUAAAAGAUUAAAAAUUAGUUAAUUGAUGCCGUAGUCAAAUAGCCAAUUGAUUUGCUCAUGCAAAGUAUUUUUCUAUAUGACGUUAUUUGACUGCUAUUAGGAGUGAAGGUUCUGCUGCAUAUUAUUUAUUAGACAUCUUCUUUUGGACUUAAUGUAUCAUAGAUUGUGACUGUCUAGUGCUUAAGAUGUAAAUUUUAAAAUAAGUUUAUAUAAGUUAUGACUCAUCCCAAGCUUAUAGCACACUUUCAUUUAAUUCACAACUUAGUUGGUGGAAAGGAUCCAGACAAGUCAGCCUUACGUUAUUGUGCUUAAAAUACUUGGAUGGUUUCAUUAAUAUUAUAAAAACCUGUCAAUGUUUGAGUACACUAGUUAACUAAACACUAAUCUCAUCAGCUUGUACAGUAUCCAGUUCAUAGCUCUAAAAUGUAUUAUAAUUGAAAUAAUGUAUUUUUUAAAAUAAUUCAAUACAAUUUUGUAUAUCAAUCAAAUUAAAAUAUAUAUUUAUUUAAGCUCAAAUUAUUUCCUGACACAUUUAUUUAAAGUUUAAAAUCAUCUCAAAGUAAUAAAACUAAUGUAAAAUAAAUAUAUGUAGUUUGGUUUGUUAUAACAUUCUAUACUUAAACGUUUUCUCUAAAAAGUAUAUGGGUUGUAUUGUAAUUUAAAGAGGCAAUGUGAUAAGUAGUAAUACAUAUAAACUAUAUUUUAUAACCAUUAAUGAUGACCUAUACUCCGUUCAAAAACAUUUAGGUGGUUGCAGAGGAAGCAAGUCACAUCCCCUCCACUUAUCCCUACCUUCGAAAGCUGUUUAUAAGCUCAAACUAUUAAUCAGCUGUAUCAUACAUUAAGAAAAAUGUGGUGAGGGAACCCAGAAAAACUUCCCCUCUAUCUGCUUAAAUUUUGUGAAUGGACUGUAAUUAUUUAUUCUUUGCAAAAUAAUGCAAUUUAAUACUUGAACUUAAAACAAGUUUUGAUUUUUUAUAAAUUAAUUGAAUUCAUAGUGCUCACAAAAUUUAUGAAUAUGCAUACAAUAGCCUAUGCAAGCUUAGCUGUACAAGACACCUGUGUCGGGAACCUCAGAAACUAAGCACUUUUCCCAACAUCUAUUAUUAUCCAAAGUUAAAGCUUACAACAAAAUAUUACACUUUUUAACUGCUACUCAACCAUCAAAAGAAUUCCUUGUUAGGUAUUUUUUAUGUCAUUUUAGCUAUGAAUAAUAAAAUUUUGUUUACUAACUUUAAUCAUAUUUUGCAUUUAAAUUUCAAAUUAUUUUUUUCUCUUCCAGAUGAUGGUUCUCUAUUUCAAGCUUUAAAAACUGUGAAAACAAAGUAUUUACCAAAAGCUCAAAUUGACAGGUUUAAAAAAAAAUAAGCGUUCCAAAUUUAAUAUGUCACACAACAGUUUUACUGUCCCCAAUCCAUUAGGUUUUAUUUACAUAACUCAUACUUUUGUUCUUCAAGCUACCCAUUUAUGUGACCUCAUGUGUUCAUUUAUCACCUAUUAUUUGAUUAAAAGUGAAACAACAAGGUAGUUGACAAUUGAUCUGUAACAAAUCAAAUAAUUUACCACUAGAUUUAAGUUUGUUCAUAAUUUUUGUACAAGCCAGUAGUAAACUCAUAAACAAAUAUUUAUUGUUCCAAACAUUGAUGGUCACUAACCUUCUUAUGUAACAAAUUAGUAGGGAUGGACAGGAUUGAAGGAAUUGAACCGAUUGUUAUUUCCUUCCCAAUUUUCGGGACGGGACAGGACUGGAUUUUUUUCUCUGUGCAAAAAAGGGUUUGUUUUAAAAAUGUUAAGUAAACAUUAUAGCGGAUCUGAAAAAAUGACAGACAAAAUAAAUUUUUAGCCUUUGUGGCACUGCUCUAAAAAACAACAAUAAUGGGUAGAAAUACACAGGUAUAACAAAAACUUGUGACUAUAAAAUUUCAUAUUUGGUACAAUUUAACUGUUAAACAUCAAUUUCAUUAUAAAAUAUACAUAGCUAAGUACAAACUAGUAUUCACAAACUAAAUAUCAGUGCAUUUUUAAAAACUUUGUAGCUUAUAUGAUAAUUAGUAGAAAAAUAGUUUAGGUAUCUUUAAAAAUCAUUGAUUUUGUAAUAUAUACCCAACACAAUGUCAUCAUCGUCUAUAAUCGAUCCACGCCACCAUUGUGUGAGAGUUUGUUUGUCGUGGUCACAGCUGCCAUCAACAAGUCUCGCCUUCUGCAGCACAUUUAUUCUUUCGUGAUGCCAUCGUCGAUAUGACACGGUCACAACGUGAUCAUCGACAUGUCCUGCGUUCGCGACUUCAUCUGAUAUACAUAUCUGAUUACAGAGACAUCGUCAUUGCUCCUGGUUUUGCGGAAUCGUUGUGAACAUUUGAGACAUAAUCAUCGUCACCCACCAUACCAGCGAUAUAUCCCACUGUUGCGAAAACUGCAUCAUUGUCAUUUGCAAUGUGGCAGAAUUACCGACCAUCGUAUCAAACCCCAUAUCAAAUGUAAUCACAUCCUGAUGAAAGGAAAAUAUGUUCUCCCUGAAAAUUUCCCCACAUUUUGGGACUUGUCCAUCCCUACAUAUUGGUUUCAGUUGACCAACAUUGACUGUGCUCUUGUGAUGUCUUAAAGUUGCUGUUUUCUUUUCACAGAUAAAUUUAAGGCUCAUUAAAAUUUUGGUUUUAUUUUCAACAAAGGCCACAAUCCCAUUUUCAACACCUUUACCUGUUGUAGUAUUGGGAAUUCUAAAAUUCAUUGAUUUAUUCAGUGUAAACUGAACAGUGUUUAAUGUAUUCAGUAUUUAAUUUUACAGAAAAAAUCUAUGUAUUCUGACACUGACCACAAAGCAUAGUCUUAAGGGGAUUUUCAGAAGUGUUAACAUUCAGUAUACCUGCGUGUCGUUUAGUCAUAAACUUGAAUUUGGAAACUUACUUAUUGAAUUUGGUUAUUACAAAAAUAUUACAAUAAUAUUUUAUCAGUUAUCAAUUACUGCCGUUUAUAACAUUGUAUGCGUAAGCAGGUUAAAUUACCUUGUAAGUAUGUAAAUGUAAAUUGUAAUUUAUAGUUUACAUAAUUGUAAUGUCAUUAUCGUUAGUCAAAGAGUUCCUUUCUUAUCCUAGUUCAGUGUUGAUCAGUAUUUUGCUGUAGUGUGAACACACUGCAGAAACAAUACAAUAAAUAUCAUUUUUUUUACAAAAUGCUUAAUACGUACAAACUAGUGUACAUACAUGGAAAAUCUAUGUAUUUUAUUGAACAGUUGAUGUUAGCAGCGUUUCUCGAUAUGAAUGUAUAUUGAAAAUCAACUGUACAGUAUUUUGUUACCUAUAUUUUUUAUGCCAUCAUCAGAAUAAACUUUUUAUACCAACAA